CUUCUGCGCUAAAUUUUUCAUCUUCUAAGGGAAGGAAAGUGACUGGGAUUGCUUCGUCAUCUGUAAACCUCACCUGGACCUUCAGUGGAGAAGUGAAGAGAAUUGAAUUGGAAAAUGCUAGCGGACCGAUAUGUGUCAUAAACAGCGAUAAGAAUGUCACUGUAGAUCCGUAUUACACUGGACGUAUCAGUGUCUUAUGGAACGGCAAGAGCCCUGGGCAGGUCAUUUUUACACUUAGUUCAAUCCUCACGACUGACGAGGGUGCCUUUCGAUGCAAAAUUGGCUCCGGUGGUCUCCUAUCACCAAGUACAUAUCAAGUUGUAGAGCUGACUGUCUUGGAGGCACCGCAUAUAACCCCGUUCUCGUCAAAACAAAAUCACACGGAGGGAUCUGCUGUAAAUAUCAGCUGUAAAGCGUCCGGAAAACCAUUGCCUGAUGUAGCAUGGGUCAGGAAUACCAAAGUCAAAAGUUCAGGAAAGGAAGAAGCCUUUCUAGUCUUCAGUAGUAUACAACGAAGCGAUAAAGGAGAAUAUAAAUGUCGUGCCAAUAACACAGUUGAUGUCACUUCCAUUGACGCGACGAUUGUGGUUUAUUAUAAACCUAAAGGUGUAACUCUAACUACAAAUGCUCCACAAAAUACCGUUACACAAGGAGACACAGUGAAAUUUACGUGCAAAGUAAAGGAAGCAAAGCCACAAGUCUCACUAUACAAGUUCUUUUUCAAUGGCCGCCCUGUUAAUGUGAGUAAUAACAAUGUAUACACCAUCAAUAAUGUCAAGCGAUCUCAGAACUAUGGCGAGUACAAAUGUAUACCUCGGAAUGAUGCUGGAGAUGGACCCGAGGCGAAAGCGACACUUAACAUACAGGUUCCUGCCCAUUUUACAGUACUACCGCAGAAUAUAACAGUUAAUACGUCAACCCCUAUAUCUUUGACUUGUAAAGCCUCGGGUUUUCCUACACCUCAUACCAGGUGGGAAAAAUCAGAGAAGAUUUUGUCCCAUAUGGAACACCUGAACAUUCCCAGCAGUAACAGGAGUGCUGCAGGAGAGUAUAUGUGCACUGUGGGAAAUGGAGUCGGAGAGGAAAAGACAGCGAGAGCUUAUGUAAUUGUGCAAUACCCGCCAACAAUUCAAAGUGUCACCCCUUCAUCCAGUAAUUCUUGGAUUGAUCAGACCGUGACUUUAGAGUGUCAUUCAGAUGGUGUUCCAACACCAACACUCACCUGGUACAAACAUAAUAUAAGUGAAAUAAACAGACUCAGAGGCAGAGGAAACAAAAUACAGGUGACACUCCGGAACGAUAGAGAUUUUGGUGAUUACAUUUGCGUUGCUGCCAAUGGACUUCCUCCUUCUGAUGAGAGAGUAACAAAGAUAAAUCAGAUAAAGAAACCAGGGCAGCCAUCCAUCGAAUCCAUCAUUCAAGCGACGUUUCUAACAAUACAAUGGACUGCACCUGCUUAUGAUGGAGGGAGUCCUAUCAUAGCAUUCCGAGUGACCAUACUAAAGGGUGACACUGAGAUAGGCAGUGUUAAUAUUACUAAUCCUCUUACAAAGGCUUAUUCGUUUAGGGGUUUGGAGAGAGAUACCAGUUAUACGGUGAAAGUGUUUUCCAGAAAUGUUGUAUUCGAGGGAGAUCCUGCUGUCAAGACACUAAAGACUCUAUAUGAAGGAGCUCCUGAUGUGGUGAAAAUAGGCGACCUGUCUAGUGAAAUAGCAGACGAUACGAUUACUCUGAAAUGGAAGAAACCAGAAAAUAAUGGAAAAGUUAUCACCAUGUAUACAGUGUACCAAAGAGUUGUGACUGAUGGGAACGUGGGACAGUGGACAGAAGUGGGAAAUAUCACAGAUGUUUCCGUUAGAGAAUUGAAAAUAACGUUGGAGAGAGGAAAGGUGUAUCAGUUUGCCAUUACUGCAACUAAUGAGCUGGGUGAAAGCCUAAAACAAGAUAAAGCAGAUAUCCAGCAAGUCGAGGCCGAAGGAAUGCCAGGUCCCACUAAGGGUUCCCGGACUGUUGUAGACAAUGGAGUGAACAAUGCAAUAUUUUCUGGAGCAGCUGUGGCCGGUGUUUUGCUUAUUAUUGGUGUAAUCGUCAUCAUUAUUCUUUGGAGACGAAGGAAGUCUUCAAUUUACGAAAAUGAUGAAGUGUCAAUGGAUAGACUGGAUAGUGCAAAUCAUUAUGAAGCUGAUGAUGGAUUUCAGGAAGUUAGUAGAGCUGAAGCUGCUCACAGUCGUCAAGCCUCGGGUCCUGAGGCUGAGGCUAACUAUGCACAAGUGGAUAUGACUAAAAAGAAGAAGAACAGACGACCAGCACCAAAUGAUGAAUAUGCCCAGGUAGACAAAUCGAAAAAGACGAAGAGGACUAAGGUAGCGAUGACAUCGAGAAAGAGACCCGGAGAGCUUGAUUAUGCCGAUUUGGAAGAUUUGAGAGUGGGACUUGUCCCUGGACCAUCUGGUGCCACUGCAGCAGGAGCUGUUGUUCGUCCUCCAGCCUACGAAGGAACUGAUUACGCUGACAUAACACAGUUUGGUGUCCCUCAGCCUGAUCCUACAUAUGCUAACGUUUCUAAAGGAGAUGUGACGUAUUCUAAUAUGCAGAGUAUAGCUUGAGGCCUGAGGUUAGUGACUGUUUCAUACGAGAGAAAAGACUUUGUCCUAGAGUUCAACUCAGUCAAACUAUCAAACAGUAAAACAAAUUAAAUAUAUGAGUGUAGUCGCUUUAUUCUCAUUAAAGCAAGUGCACGUUUUACCAAAAUAAGCUAUCUUUUUAUCAGUCAUGAGCGCCCCUAAUAAAAUUAGUUUGGAUAUUAGAUUUUAGGUAUAUAAUCGUUUUUUGUAGAUUUACAAAGAGGUAAUUGUGAAUUGACAUUUUUAUUCUCAAGUCUAUUUCGAAAAUACAAUCGUGAGAGAUUGAUUAGUUUUUGACAAUGACGACAAUAGUGAGUUAUUGUUUUGAAGUUUUUUUAGAGUUUAAAUGAUAAUUCUCAUUAUGAUAGCCUAUGAUUUUGUAAGUUUCAAAUAUGGUUCCGCUAUAGGCAGGCUACUUAAGUAUCUUAUAAUUUAAUACCCUUAAUUAUAUAGAACAUACAAUCGUGAGAGGUUGAUUAGUUAUUGUCAAUGACGACGAUAGCGAGUUAUUGUUUUGUAUUUUUUAUAUAGAGUUUAAAUGAUAAUUUUCAUGAUAACAGAAUUUUGCAAGUUUCAAAUAUGGUUCCGCAAUAGACUACUCGUACAAUUUUUAUCUUGCUUAAGUGAAAUUGGUCACUUCUGUAAAGAGUGAUUUAAGAAAAACAAUUUGCUAUAUUUGUACGAAAGUUGGCUUUGCUUAUUAUAAUGCCAAGAAAUGACUGUAUUUUUACAUUUGACAUAGAGAAACUAAACAUAUGAAAUAAAUAAUUCAAAUU